ACAAAAAACAUUAAAUUAAAUUAAAUACACAAUCUACAACUUCUUUGUUUCGGAAUCUGUAUGUAUAUGUGUAUAUAUGUAAUUUUUAUUUUAUAUGAUAUUUUCAGUGGCAGAUGUUGUGAUUGAUUGACCAGCAGAUGAAGUGUCAAUCUGUAGCUUGCAUAUGGUCUGAAUCACCGCCGGUUCAUAAAGUUACCGCCACCGCCGUACUUGACCGGCCGCCCACUCUUUAUACCGGCGGUUCCGAUGGCACCAUUUUCUGGUGGAAUUUAUCUUCCGAUCAUGACAUUAAACCAGUUGCUAUCUUAUGUGGUCAUACUGCACCAAUUUCUGACAUGGGUAUCUGUUUCCCUGCAUCGACUCUAGGAGACGAGAAAACAAGUGAUUCAAGUAGCGUGGCACCAAACUCUAGCUCGGUUAACUGUGGUUCUCUAAUUAGCGCGUGUACUGAUGGAGUAUUAUCCGUUUGGUCUAGAGACAGUGGACAUUGCACCCGCAGAAGAAAAAUGCCAGCUUGGGUGGGCAGUCCAUACAUGGUUAAGCCAUUGCCUGAAAAUAAAAGAUAUGUAUGUGUCGCCUGUUGUUUCAUUGAUCCUGUUAAUUUAUUAGAUCACCAGUCAGUUGAUUCCACUGAAUAUGGUGAGCCACGCCUCAAUAAACCAUCAAAAUGCACAGUUGUAAUAAUUGAUUCGUAUACCCUAACCAUAGUGCAAACUGUAUUUCGUGGUACUUUGUCUAUUGGACCUUUCAAGUUUAUGUCCAUUGUGACAACUGCUGGCGAUAUGGAGAAGGAAUCAGUGCUGAUGGCUGACUCAUUUGGUAAUGUACAAUGUGUAUCACUACUAAAAGACACCGAACGCAGUGAAGAUAUCUCAGAUGAUUCGCAGAAGAAUUCUUCUCAUUUGGAAAUGUCUGAUUUGCUCCAAGAUUCAAGUGAAGGAGAACUUCCAAUUUCAUUUGCUGCUUCUGGGCAAGUUUUAGCUAUUUUGUAUAGAAACCACUGUGUAUUUAAGUUGGUGGAUAGCAGCGCUAUAAUUGGAGAGAUCUCACUCUUUGACGAUCAACUUAGUCGUUACAAUGUUGUUGGAUGCCUGUUUCUUGGGAGUGAUUACUAUACAACGGCGCCACAUGGUGAUGAAACAUUUGGCAUAUUUGUAGAAACUUUCGCUGUGUGGAACAACGAAGGUUAUGUAAUUAUUUAUAGCAUAACAUAUUCAGGAGAAACUUUCAAAUAUGUGCCUCUAUGCGCGGUCCCUGCUGUUUCACAUCCUCCUAAUGUUGAGGUAUCGUUUUCUUUUGCUCUAUUGAAUCAAAAUCUUGUUCGGAUUGAAUCAAUUUGCCUUCACACCGGAGAACCUGUGCAUUGGAAACCUCUGGUAACGAUAUGGGCAUUGAGUAAUAAUGAUGAUAAGUUUCAUCAAGAAUGCAAUUUAGUUGGGAAAGGAAGCUAUUUUGAUGAAUGGUUUGUGGAUACAAGUGAAGGACAACAUGAUCUUUUCAGGAGAGAGUUUGUGGUAACUUCUUCAAUGGUUAUUUCUGAGAACGACUCCACCCCAUAUGCAAUAGUUUAUGGAUACGACAGUGGAGAAAUAGAAGUUCUACGGUUUAUUUUGUUCUCUGAAAUUCAGGAAGCUCAAGAGGUGGAUUCAUGUGCAUGGAAGCAAUAUCUUUCGGGCCACACAGGUGCAAUACUUUGUUUGGCUGCACACCAGAAGGUGAGUACAUCGACAGGAUUUAACUCCAACAUUUUUUUAAUCUCGGGAAGUAUGGAUUGUACAAUACGUAUAUGGGAUCUUAACUCCUCAAAUCUUGUUGCAGUGAUGCACCAUCAUGUACAACCAGUGCGCCAAAUCAUCCUACCGCCACCCCACACUGAUCCUCCUUGGAGUGAUUGCUUCUUAUCUGUUGGAGAUGACUCGUGUGUCGCUUUAGCUUCACUCGACACUCUGCGGGUUGAGAGAAUGUUUCCUGGCCACCCAUUCAUACCUUCUAAAGUGGUAUGGGAUAGUACACGUGGAUAUCUGGCAUGCUUCUCCCCUAAUCAUUCAGCAAUAUCAGAUUUAUCUGAUGUAUUGUACAUUUGGGAUAUAAAGUCGGGUGCCCGUGAGCGUGUUCUUCGUGGUACUGCUGCUCAGUCCAUGUUUGACCAUUUCUGUACGAGCAGUAAUAAGAAUAACCUUUAUGUAAGCUCCAUAGAAAGGAACACUUCUGUUUCCUCUCUACUUCUGCCAACAAUUGAAGAUACACAAGUUUCACAAUCGCAUCCAAAUGCUCCAGAUUUAAACCACAACACACAUUCAAUUGCAUGCUCUUGCCCUUUUCCUGGAAUUGCAACACUCACUUUUGAUAUGACAUUAUUGAUGUCCCUUAGAUUUGAAUCUUCUGAAAGUCAUAAUGAUGUGCAUGAGGUUCAAACCCCUAGAAAAGGGAUGGAUCAAAUUAGCAGUUUUAUGAAGGAACGGGGAGUCAAAGAGCCUAAACCUUACCUGUUGGAGACAGAUGACGGGGAUGCUUCACAAGAAAGCCCGACAAAUGCUGCAGGGUACACUGAUUGGGCUCAUUCACUAGAAGGGUGUUUAUUUCGGUUUAGUUUGUCAGUUUUGCACUUAUGGAAUGUUGAUUACGAGCUUGAUAAACUGUUAGUCUUGGAGAUGAAGCUUAAGAAACCUAAGAAUUUCUUCGUGGCUUCUGGCUUGAUUGGGGACAGGGGUUCCCUCACGUUGAGUUUUCCUGGUCCAAAUGCAACCCUUGAGCUUUGGAGAUCGUCGGCUGAGUUCUGUGCAAUCAGGUCCUUAACUAUGGUGUCCCUUGCUCAGCACAUGAUUAGCUUGUCACAUUCAUGCUCCACGGCAAGCAGUGCAUUAGCAGCGUUUUACACACGAAAGUUUGCAGAGAAAUAUCCUGAUAUUAGACCACCUUUGCUGCAGCUUUUGAUCAGCUUUUGGCAACACAGGAGUGAACAUGUCCGGAUGGCUGCUCGUUCGUUAUUCCACUGUGCUGCUGCGCGAGCUAUUCCUUGUCAGCUACGUAUUAAGAAGUCCCUUAAUGAUGAAUCAAAGACUUCUGUAGAAAGUACAUCAUUCGAAACAAAUACGGGGGAGAAUCCCUUAGAAAAUGUGACAUUAAAUAUUACUGGAAAAGAGGAUGCUGAAAUGGUAGCAUGGUUAGAAUCAUUUGAACGUCAAGAUUGGAUAUCUUGUGUAGGGGGAACAAGUCAAGACGCAAUGACAUCUCAUAUGGUUGUUGCUGCUGCUUUGGUUGUUUGGUAUCCAAGUCUUGUGAAGUCAACUCUUGCCAUGCUGUGCGUACAUCCUUUAUUAAAGUUAGUUAUGUCCAUGAAUGAAAGAUACAGUUCUACAGCAGCUGAGAUUCUGGCAGAAGGUAUGGAGAGUACAUGGAGUGUGUGCAUUAGUCCUGAAAUACCUCGUUUAAUUUCGGAUAUAUUUCUUCAAAUUGAACAUGGUUCAGCUACAGCUGUUGAGAUUCGUGAGUCUUUGGUUGGAAUUCUUUUGCCAAGUUUAGCAAUGGCUGAUGUUCCAGCAUUUUUACAUGUGAUAGAAAGACAAAUAUGGUCUACUGCUUCUGAUUCACCUGUUCACAUUGUGUCUCUUAUGACCCUCAUUAGAGUAACUCGUGGUUCUCCUAGAAAUUUGGCUCCUUAUCUCGAUAAGGUGGUCAAUUUUAUUUUACAGACGAUGGAUCCUGGUAACUUGGCCAUGCGUAGAAGUUGUUUACAAAAUUCAUUGGCCACACUAAAGGAAGUUGUGCGUGUUUUCCCCAUGGUAGCCCUGAAUGACUCCUCUACUCGAUUGGCUGUUGGGGAUGCAAUCGGAAAUAUUAAUAAAGCUAUUAUUCGUGUAUAUGAAAUGCAAAGUAUGAUGAAGAUAAAGAUUUUAGAUGCUAGUGGACCUCCAGGACUUCCAACUUUGCUUGGAGGAGCUUCUGAAACGACCGUGAAUACCGCAAUUUCAGUAUUGAGUUUUUCACCUGAUGGAGAGGGUUUGAUUGCUUUCUCUGAGCACGGUCUGAUGAUAAGAUGGUGGUCACUGGGAUCCAUGUGGUGGGAGAAGCUUAGUCGGAAUCUAGUACCUGUUCAGUGCACUAAAUUAAUUUUUGUUCCUCCAUGGGAGGGGUUCUCCCCGACUUCGACAAGGUCUAGUGUUAUGGCAAGUGUAAUGGGUAAUGGGAAGCAGUUUUCACAGGAUAAUUCAAGUGACUUGAGCGAAAUAGACAGAUUAAAAGUCUUGCUUCACAACCUUGAUCUUUCAUACAGGCUAGAAUGGGCCGGUGGAAGGAAUGUAUUACUUAAAAGGCACGGUCAGGAGUUAGGAAGUUUCCAGUUAUAACCUCAAUGCUUUUCCCAGAACCCAUCUACCAAGCUCUGAUCAUCUAAAUGUAAAUGACCAAACUUGCCCACAAGUCUGCAUUUGGUCAAUGUUGUUCAGUUACAUUACCUUUUAGGCCUCUCUAGAUCUGGCAAAAGCUGGUUUAAUCAAUGGGGAAAUCAUGUGUUAGCCAAAAACAGCAGCCGCUUCCUUGUUGACCUGCUAAUGGUACUGCUGGUAGUUCAUUAUAGUUGCCGCAUAUGUAGUGCUUAUAAAGAACAGAGAUUUAUCUAUUGAUUGCACAAUUUUGCUAUUUGUAGUGUAUGAUGUUAUUGUACUACAAAAAUACCCUUUGAACGAUUUUGGAACUGUGAGAUGUCCAGGGUAGUUUUGAGGCUGAGUUUUACAUGAGUUGGUAAUGUGUCGGACAAUAAUUCUUUGUACAUGUCAAAUUGUAUCAGGUUGAUUUGAGUCUGACCUUUUUGAAUUUCA